CCAGAGCGCGGUUGAAGCACCCGGUACAAGCCAGAACUGAAGCGUCGCUACUGUCUUUCUAGAUGCACACCGGCACCCACAAGUGGCAACGACGCGAGGUAGAUUCAAACCUCAUGUGAUCGAAUCCGGCUCGAAUCUUGACACGUCGUAUGUCUCUUUCGCCAAAGCAACAAGCUAACGUGGUACCCCGCGCCGGCCCAAGCUCGCAAACAGCUGUUCGACAGUCCAGAUUCCUCACCAAGCCAGGCGCAAAACUUUGCUUCGGCGAGAUUGCACUUACGUCUCAACCUCAUUCUUGCAUUUGCUUUUGACCACCAAGCAUGGUCGCUGCCAAGGAAACGGUGCUGCAGUCCGAGUCGGCCAACGUCGUCAUGACGCCGGGCCUCGCGGGUCGGUCGCCCAACGCCGCCAUUGACUACACGGACGCCGACGAAGAGAUCAAGCUCGAAGAAGAGGACAAGACGUUCGCCAACCUCCCGUGGUACAUGAAGCUGUUCUGGGGCAUCUUUUACUUUGUGCUGGCCAUGAGCUCGCUCUACUUUUUCAUGGUCGCUGUCAAGUGGAUCGGCGAGUCGUUCUCGCUCCUCCUCGGCUGCGAAGCCAAGUCGGCGUUCGCGUUUGCCGACAACCCGAUCGCGGGUCUCAUGGUCGGCGUCGUCUCGACCGCCAUGCUGCACUCGUCCGGCACGGUCACGUCCAUCACCGUCGCCCUCGUGGGCGCCAAGGGUCUCACCGUGCGCCAAGGCGUCCCGAUCAUCAUGGGCGCCAACGUCGGCACGUGCGUGACCUGCAUCAUGGUCGCCUUUGCGCAGAUGGGCAAGCGCGACCAGUUUGAGCGCGCGAUGGCGGCCGCGACCGUCCACGACAUGUACAACAUCUGGUCGGUCAUCGUCCUCUUCCCGAUCGAGCUCGUCUUCCACCCGCUCGAGCUCCUCUCCAUGUCCAUGUCGGGCGGCAAGGCCAACGCGUACUUUGAGUCGCCCGUCGACAUCAUUGUCAACCCGCUCGCGCAGCAGCUCAUCCGCGUCGACAAGAGCAUGAUUGAAAAGGUGUCGCUCGGCAAGGUCACGUGUGAGAAGGCGGUGUUUCUCAAGGGCGGCGCGUUCCUCUCGUCGUACAAGAGCGGCUCGAUGAGCGGCGGUGCCAUCGGUGGCAUCUGCCUCGCGAUCGGCUUUACGCUCCUCGUCAUGUCGCUCGUCUCGCUUGUCUACAUGCUCCAAAAGCUCUUCCGCGGCUCGGCGCAAAAGACGAUCCGCAAGGCGCUCGACUUUAACGGCUACGUCAACAUCUUCCUCGGCACGCUCAUCACGUUCUGCGUGCACUCGUCGACGGUGGUCACCUCGACCUUGACGCCGAUGGCCGGUCUCGGGCUCAUCACGCUCGAGCAGGUGUACCCGAUCGUGAUUGGCGCCAACCUCGGCACGACCGUGACGGCGCUGCUCGCGUCGUGGGUGACGGGGUCGCCGGACGCUGUCGCGAUCGCGCUCGUGCACUUUUGGUUCAACAUCUGGGGCAUCUUCCUCUUCUACCCGAUCCCGAUCACGCGCAAGCCGAUCCUGGACUGGGCGCGCCGCCUCGCCUUCUACAGCGCGCGGUGGCCGAUGGUCGCAGGUCUCUUUCUGAUGCUGCUCUUUUUGAUCGUACCGGGCAUCGCGCUCGCCUUGACGUACCUCUUCAAGGCUGGCACGACCGGUCUUGUCUUUGGCAUCAUCAUUGUCGCCGCUGUCGUCGUGAGUAUCGCGGGCUUUUACUACUGGUACCUCAAGAAGGGCGGCCGCGAAGUGUGGCACGCCUUCUUGGAGCGCAAGGCCGAGGCCCACGCCGCCAAGCACGGCCACGCGCACCCGGCGGCCGACAAGCCGCUCGUUUAAUAUCGUGGGAUCGACGAUCGAUGUCGAUAUCCAGUCGUUUGUUUCUCUUUCAUAUACAGUGUUUGUUUUGCGAUCGGUGC